AUGCUUUACUCAUUGUUCGUACACUUACAGACAACAAGAGGAACACCCCCAGACUCCUCUUUCGCUCAAGCACCAAAGCAUGUUGAAACAUCCGCUCCAGCACCUCCUCCAAUGCGAUCAAGCGAAGACAGAGAUGAAAAGAUUAAGAACGAUGUCAUUGAAUUCCUCAAAGAGAACAAUUCAGAUCGCGGAACUCCAGAAGAACAAAUUAUUCAACAUUUCUCACACAUAUACUCCGCAGAAGAAGUUAAGAAAGCAGUUGAAACAGCAAACUUUAAUGGUGAAAUCUACUCUACAAGCGAAGAUAAUUGUUAUAAUCCUUGCUAA